UGUCGCAGAUCACCAUUCGAGUCAGCAUAUUGCCAAGCAUUGUUGAUAAUCCACAACAACUUUCUGCCUGACUGAUCAUCCGAAGCGAUCGGCGUACCUCAACAGCCAAACAUCAUAUAUCAUCUCAUUAGCUCCAAAGUCUUCUAUACACAGACGUCACCAUGAUGGAGAGGUCAGGAUACCUCGUUGCCAGAAACCUGGAUGAGUUAAACCAUGCAUUCCAGCUUGUCCCUCGAAGCAAGGACUGUGUGAAAUGUGAUGAUGGUGCACAACUUGAAUGUCCAAAAUGUGCAGAUAACGAAGUCUGCCAGUUCACCGUUCCCCUCGACUGUACCAUGUGUGCUACAUCCUUCUGCGAAAAGGACUCGGACAAUUCCAACAACAGCGGCGGCGGUGGUCCAAAUGUUGGCGCUAUCGUUGGUGGUGUUCUCGGUGGUAUCGUGGUCAUUGCUAUUGCUACCUACAUAGUAUGGAGGUUCUGUAUCAAGCCGAAGCGUUCGCAGAUUCCCACGUCUAUAUACAUCGAAGACACAGACGCCAUUCAGAAUGAGAAGGAUGCUGCCUCAAGAGGAACUCGCCCGCACUCUACACACACCGUCCACUCAAUCGCAUCAACAGUCCUCACACGAGCAUCAAACAUCAUACAGAUCGCAUAUAUCCCUGGCGUCACAAACCGAGCGACCCCGACAUCGCCAAACGUUCUUGUCCCUCCAGUCCCACCGAUCCCUAUGCACCAUGCCGAGGCCAACCGGGGCCUAGGACACGACGAUCAGCAUUUCUUUGUUCCUGGCGAUCUCCGAGACUCUACUUACUCGGGGCUGUCAGGCUACUCGGACCGAACAUCAUACGCUCGCACCUCUUACGCACCUCGAUCCAGUGUGGCUUCUACGAUUUAUGGAAAGCAGGCUCAGGUGCUUACACCUGCCCAGACUGGAAUGCGAGCCAAGCCCACCGUUGUCAGUGUCAAGUCCGUUGGUAACAACAGCGGCGACAUGGUAGCACCUCCAGUCCCGACGAUUGACUUCGAGAAGUUUGGUGGCGGCAGGCCCAAGAGUGGUGCAAGUGCCUUCAGCGUCGGCUCAACGUUCCUCAACAGCGCCAACACUGCUACGCAGGCUCGUGCACAGGUGGUCAAAGUUGGAACAUUGAAGAAGGUCGACGUGGGAAGCAAGACAGAAUCAGACACAUCGUCAUCAACCAUGGCACCAUCACCGCCAACAACACCAAGCGGCCGCAUUACUAGAGAUUCAAGCAUUACCGUUAUUGAAGAGUCGCCCUCUGUAGACCAAGGUCCCUUCUCGGAUCCCCCAGAGCGAUCUAGUCCACAAAAAUCAAACAAGGCCCCUAGCCUUGGUGCCGUUAUGGAAGAUUCAGUAGGCGAGGAUGACAAGCCUCUGACUCUUACGCGGCGAGACAGUAGUCCUUUUGGGGACAAGCACGCGACAAAAGAGUAACAGCUGCAUCACUCUACUCUGAUAUAGCGCAACUUCCUCACGAAUAUGUCACGAAUCUAGCCGAAUGUUGGUCAAGGGACAUGGACUAGAAUCUGUCUUUUAUUUAUUUUCUUUAUGUUAUAUUCACUUCACGUCAACUUUUAUUGGACAGACAAACACAGAAUUGUCACGGGAUAUGGCACCCUUUUUUAUGUUUAUAUUCAGGAUAGCGGAGAGGGACUUUGGUAA